GUAAUCAUUUCGAAUUAUUGUGCAGACGAUAAAGAGACAUUACAAUGAACAAUUUUACUUUUGUCUUAUUUAUAUACGUUGCGAUACAACUAUCGUUCUUAGAAGCUUGUAAAAAACCGUUAAAUAGUUUGAAUGACGAAGGAUUUCGAAGUAUCAAUAGAGAUAUACAAGUUCAGAAUUACGCUGAUAUUAUAACGAACGCAAUAUUUGCACAUGCAAUAAGAAAAUUCUCUUACAUAAUAUCGGUACCGAAAUCGCUAGGAAUGGCAGCGAUUAUUAAUUUUUUACAACUAAUUGCUGGAUUUUUAUCAUUUAUUUUGGAUAACAAUUACAUGGCGUAUAUAUUGCCUAAUUUAUGGGGCAUAAUUACUGGUGCUAUCAGAUCACUCAACAGCGCAAGAUGACGAAAUAUAAGUCAAGAAGUUAAAUUGUAAAUAAAUUAGGUCAUUUGGAGAUAGCUUACAACAUUGAUAGACGGAUUUAAAAACGCCCAAGUUCUCAAUCGGACUAGGACAUCUACAAAUGGAUUAAGAG